AUGCAUCUACGUCGAGCUCUUGUUCUUGGCCUGGCCGGUCUCGUAGCCGCACAGUCGGGCACCCCUGACCUGAUCACAGCGCUCCAAUCGCAGAAUUCCAGCUUGUCGCUACUGAUUGGUAUCAACACAACUGGCUUGUCCUCGCAGCUCUCACAGCUCUCAAACGUGACGUUGCUGGCACCAAGCAACACUGCUAUCACCAAGAUCCUGAACAGCCCCAUGGCUGGUGAGCUGAGCCAGCCAGGAAUCCUCCAGCUGGCUCUCAGCUACCACAUUCUCAAUGGGACUUACUAUGCUUCCAACUUCACGAACAACACGCCAAUGUUCAUCCCAACUCACCUAACAAAUUCCUCAUUUAGCCUUGUUACUGGUAGCCAGCGCGUUGAAAUACUGGCACAGAACGGCAAUGUGACAGCAUAUAGCGCGCUUAGGCUGCCAUCCAACUUUGUCACUACGAAUGUCAAUUUCACGGGCGGAACCAUUCACAUCAUUGACAGCCUUCUCACGGUGCCUACCAAUGUCUCGUACACUCUUCGCGCCUCAAACUUGACCGCGGCGGUCGGCGCUGUCCAAGCCGCUGGCCUCAACACGACCCUUGACACCACGCGGAACUUGACCAUCUUUGCUCCAAGCAACGACGCCUUCAAUGCAGUGGGCAGCAUCUUCAACAAUAUCAGCAUGCAGACACUGGCACAGGGCCUCGAGUACCACGUCUACGAGGGACUGGGCUACAGCAGCACUCUCACAAACACCACAGUGAAGACUCUGAGCGGCGGGAGCCUGAACAUCACAGUCAUCAACGGCACGGUUUUUGCCAACAAUGCCAAGGUCACCAUCGCCGACAUUCUCGUGCGAAACGGUGUGGUCCACGUCAUUGACCAGGUCCUGAACCCCAACGCGACGGGGAGCAACCCACAGCUCAGCGCCUCUACUACGACACCCGCAUGGACCAGCGCAAGCGCUGGCACUGCCGGCGUCCCAUUCACCAGCGGAAUCGCUGCUCCUUCGACCACCGUCCCCGCCGCCUCGACGAGCGCGACUUCGACCAAGUCUAACCCGGCCAUGGCUGUCAAGACUGGCGCAGUUGGUGCUGCCGCGCUGUUCGGCGGCGCUGCCGUCAUGAUGAACCUAUGA